UGUGUGUGUGUGUGUGUGUGUGUGUGUGUGUGUGUGUGUGUAAGCUUUCUAAUAGUGAAAGCAGAGAGAGAGAGAGAGAGAGAGUUAACUAUUUGUCUUAUCUUUCCAGGAAAUGAUACACAAAACCUGAUUGAAGAACAAGAACAAGAACAGUAACAAGACCACCACCACCACUACCACCACCACCACCACAAUCACCACCACAACAACAAAAAUGAAAACACACACAUCCCUCGUCUUUCUCUUCCAUCUCUUCCUCUUCCACAUACAAAUAACAAAAUGUGGAGGAACCCUUACCUCACCCACACCACCACCACCACCACCACACAACCACCUCAACACACGCACCACCACAGCAAACACGACUGACAACCACCUCAUAAUCAACAGUAACCAUGGAGAGUACAGUAGAGGACAUGGGAGCGUUCGUAACAGCAUUAAAAGUAGCAGCAACAGUGGCAGUAGCAACAAUAACAGUAGUAGCAGCGUUGGUAACACGAAUAAUAGUAACAAUAAUAACAAAAAUAAUAACGAUAACUGGAAACUCAUUCAUAACAACGAUAACAUCAAUAACAACACUAAAUAUGAGAGAAAGGCAAACAACAUCAAUAGCAACACCAAUAAUAACACCAGAAACACUAAAUAUGAGAGGAAAACAAUAAGCAACACCAAUAAUAACAUCAAUAACAACACCAAAAACAGUAAAUAUAACAGAAAAACAAUAAACAACACCAAUAAAAACAACAAUAACGAAAACACUAACAGGAAGCAUAGAAAAGCCCGCUUCCUCAGAAUUGGCGGGAAAAAACAGGGCUACCAAUAUCUCCCCUUGCAAGAUGACGGCACACUUCACCACCCCGACCCUUGCCCAUCUCCCUCCACCACCACCAGCACCACCAGCGGGCAGGUCUUCGCUCUCCUCUCCUUCGGCGUUGUGUCAGCUAACUUGAUACUGAACGCUGUGGCUAAUGUGAAUAAUAACAAUAAUAACAAUAACAAUAACGAUAAUAAUAAUAACAAUAAUAAUAAUAAUGAGAACGUGGCGAGUAAUUUCGAUAGUAAUAAUAAUGAGAAUAGUAUCAUGACGGGGCGUUUCCUGGAUACUUGUAUUUGUAGAAGGCUCACUACUACUACUACUACUACUACUACUACUACUACUACUACUACGAUCAGGAAGAGGAGGAAGAGAAGCAGUGUUGCCAAUCUACUCCCACGGGUCACCCACUGUGUUUUAAGAGCAGUGUGUGAGGGUUUCACUGAUGCCAAUUCCCACACCACCGCCACCACUACC